GAGAGACCUGGACCCUCUACUCCCGCCAAAAGCGCAGACCCCACACCAUCCACCAGCGCUGUCUCGGAAGGAUUUUGGGCAUCAGCUGCCAAGGCUAUCUCAAGGGAUUUAAGGCCUGGGUUAAAUGUGUGUUCUGAGCAUAUGAAUGACUAGCAAUAUCUCUCGCUAGGAGACCUAGGACAAAAUGGAUUUCUCAACAAAAGUAAAUCUUGAGGUUUUCUUGUACCUUAACGUUGAAAAUGAAGAAAACUGGCGAAUUGGUGGAGAAUUUACUUUGAGUGGAUAAACAAAUUGGCAUCUCUGAAAGAGGAUAAGCUACCUUACUUUCUACGUUUGGAAUGAAUGUACGCGAAGUAUAAUUCAAGAUUAAAUUUGGGCAUUUAAAAUGACGUUUUCCCUCAUAUGUUUUUUAUUGAAGUGCACUGGACGCUCAUUCCAAACGUGAAGUGUUAGAAUAUUUAAUAUGAAUUAGAAAAAUGUUAUUGCUCGAUUUCUUUUCUUAAACCGGCAACCAAUUAGUCAAUAAUUUACCAUUUUAGCAAAAUGGUCACGUGACGUAUCGCGUGACUUAUUAACACAAUACUUUUUUGUACUUUAAAAUGUUAAGGACAACAAGUUCUUCACGUGUGCCAAAUUUUAAUUCAGUGCAACCAUCUAAGCCGAAGUUAUUUUCAAUAAUUCAUACCACUCAGUCCAGGCGUUAAAUACCUGAAUAUCCCAAACAAUGAUUUUCUAGCACAGGCGGGAGUAGCUACCGCGUUCACCUUGCUCAUUCAGAGACGGUUGCGCUGGCUUGGCCAUGUCAGCUGCAUGCAGGACGGGAGGAUCCCUAAGAACGUACUCUACGGCGAGCUAUGCCACUGGAACCAGACCUGCAGGGGGCCUCCUCGUCGUUUCAUAGAAGUUUGUAAACGAGAUCUGAAAGCAGGCAAUAUCAACCCUGCAGCUUGGGAAGCUGUAGCUGUAGACCGAAGUCACCGGAGGCUUGCUUUCAGGCGUGUGAGGAGAGAAACGAAGCGCAGACGGCUUUGGGCAGCAUCAGUACCCAAAGAGCCAUACACGGAAUUCAUCUGCAACAACUGCAACAGAGCC